AUGACGGUCGUCGAAAACGUCGGAGCUGGUAUGGAGGUUGGUGCGAUCUCGCCGUCGCCGCCGUCUUCAGUCACCAGCCAAGGAUCAGGAGACUCUUCCAACGACGAUCAGGGUGGUGAGAUCGGAUCCCACGUGGAGAGAUCUGACGGUGGAGAGUGCUUCAAGCGUGACAUGAGAAAGCUCCAGGAGCUUUUAUCUAAGCUUAACCCCAUGGCUAAAGAGUUCGUCCCUCCUUCACUUAACAAGCAAGGAGGAGUUAACGGGUUUAACGGCGCUAACGGUGGUUUCUUCACCGUCGCUGGGUCUUUCCUUCCCAACAAUGGGUUUGGUGCUGCGGGUUAUUUCCCCGUUAACGAAGACGGCGGGUUAAGAAGGAAGAAGUCGUUCGGACCACAAGGGAAACGGAGGAUGAAUCCUCGGACAAGUAUGGCUCAGCGUGAAGACAUCAUUCGGAGAACUGUCUAUGUGUCUGAUAUUGACCAACAGGUCACUGAGGAGCAGCUUGCUGGUUUGUUCAUCGGUUUUGGACAGGUUGUUGACUGUCGCAUCUGUGGUGACCCAAACUCUGUGCUUCGGUUUGCUUUCAUCGAGUUCACUGAUGAAGAGGGUGCAAGAGCUGCGCUGAACUUGUCUGGGACGGUGCUGGGAUUCUAUCCUGUGAAGGUUAUGCCGUCCAAAACAGCUAUUGCACCUGUUAACCCCACUUUCUUGCCAAGGAGUGAAGAUGAGCGUGAGAAGUGUGCGAGAACUAUCUACUGCACUAACAUCGACAAGAAGGUGACUCAAACGGACAUAAAACUCUUUUUUGAGGCUGUGUGUGGAGAGGUGCACCGUCUGAGGCUUCUUGGAGAUUAUCAUCAUCCAACUAGAAUCGGUUUUGUUGAGUUUGUCAUGGCUGAAAGUGCAAUAACUGCUCUCAACUGCAGUGGUGUCAUUGUUGGUUCUUUACCGAUAAGGGUGAGUCCGUCAAAGACACCUGUUCGUUCCCGUGCUAUCCCGCGACAACAGUAG